AUGGUCCCUGCCGUCCAGUCCCUGGCGGUUCCGCUCCACCUAGCGCCCGGCUGGUGCGGUGUCACCCGGCAAAAGGUUUCGCCGAAUUGUGAUCUGAUGUCAAAAAUUUUGGGAGCUCUCCAAAGCUUUUUUGCGACCUGGCAGAUCCAGCAAAUCCACCUCCACCCUCCUCCAACCAGCCUUUGCACCUCCCCUUGCCUUGACCAUCACGACCUCUCAACACAACACCUCAGUCCACCCCCCAUCAUGCUUUCCAUCAGAUCCGUCGCGCGCUCCGCGCCUAGAGCUCUCUCCCGCCUUUCUCUCAGACAGACUGCGCGCCCUAGUGCCUUCAUCAAGGCCGCCUCAUGGAGCGCUGCCGUUCAGACCCAGGGCGCAUCAGCCUUCUCCAGCUCUGCCUUCAGGAAAUCUGCCGCCAGCGAGACCGAUGCUGAGCUCGUCGCCAAGCUCGAGAGCGAGCUUCAGUUCGAGGAGGAGGUGAAGCAGAACGAGCAGCUGCCCGCGAGCGUUAAGGACUUCAUCGACAACAGCCCCUUUGAGCUCCAAGACACCCCUGGCAAGGAGGAGGUCAAGCUCACCCGCAAGUUUGGCGAGGAGAAGAUCACAAUCACUUUCUCCAUCGCUGACCUCGCCAACUACGAUCCCGAGAUGUACGACCAGGACCGCGCCCUCGAGGACGAGGAAUUCGAGUCCGACGUCCAGAACCCCAACAAGCAGUCUGGCGUCCAGUCAUCCGGCGGCGCCCGCUCCGCCAACGCCGAAGAGCAGCUCGAGGAGGAGGAGGGCGACCUCGACGAGGCCGCUCCCCCUUGCCGCCUGAGCAUCGUCGUCGAGAAGCCCGGCAAGACCCCCGGCGCCUUGAACAUCGACGCCACCGCUCAGGACGGCGCCAUCGUCGUCGACAACAUGUUCUACUACGAGGACGGCAAGCUCGCUCACGCCUCCAACGCCGAGGUCGCCCACGCCCGCAGCGACAUCUACCCUGGCCCCCCCUUCGGCAGCCUCGACGAGGACCUGCAGAUCCUGAUGGAGCGCUACCUCGAGGAGCGCGGCAUCACCCAGGCCCUGGCCGUCUUCGCGCCCGACUACAUUGACGUCAAGGAGCAGCGCGAGUAUGUCCGGUGGUUGAGCAACGUCAAGGGCUUCGUGAACGCCUAA